AUGACAACGAAAAGAAAAUCCACUGCCGGUUAUUAUCAUGUAUCUGUUGAAGAAGCUAGGCGUGAAUUUGGAAUUUCGCUUCGAGAGUUAAAAACAUUAAUGCAAAGACGAGGUUAUGAAGGUAUUAGAGAGCUAAAUGAAACACAUGGUGGUCUUCAGGGUCUUGGACAAAAGCUCAAAACAAAUUUAAUAGGUAGUUUAUCUGAUGAUGAAACUGAUUUAGCCAUGCGUGUAGCUGCAUUUGGUCGUAAUGAGAUUCCAUUAGAACUACCAAAAACAUUUCUUCGUCAUAUAUUUGAUGCUUUAAAAGAUCGUACAAUUGUUAUAAUAAUUAUAUUUGCUAUCAUUUCACUUGUUUUAUCAUUUUAUCAUCCAACUAGAGAAAUAUUUGAAGGUGAAAUAAAACCAAAGAAAGCAAGGGUUGAAUGGAUUGAAGGUGCAGCAAUUAUUAUUGCUGUAUUGAUUGUUGUUCUAGCAAUAGGACUUAAUAAUUGGACACGAGAACGACUACUUCGUUGCUUUCAAUGGUAUAAUAAAUUUCAUCAAAAGUUUAAUGUUGUUAGAGGAAAUACAGUACGACAAAUUCCAAUAAACGAUAUUGUUGUCGGUGAUAUAUGUAAAAUUAAAUAUGGAGAUUUAUUACCAGCUGAUGGUGUUAUUAUACGAUCAAAUGAUCUUAAAGUUGAUGAAUCAUCAUUGACUGGAGAAUCAGGUUUAAGUGAAAAACAUGUAUCAAGAGAGCCAUUUCUUCUUUCAGGUCAAUAA